AUUGGAUCCAAUCUAAUUGUUCAUUUCAAUUUCUUAUCUGUCUUUUGACUCUCGUCGCUUCACAUUUGACUCCCAUUUUUUCUGAUUGGUUCCCGAGAAUUCUCAGCUAAAACACAAUCACCAAUUUUUUUUUCUUUUUCUCAAAUUUAAACAGAUCUCAUCAAUUUUCUUUUUCUGUUUCCCUCCCGCUUCUCGCCAACCAAACAAAGCUUCGUGCUAAUUGGAAAGCACUGUGGUUCUUCUGAACUUAGGUCGAGUAAUCAAGUUGCUUUGUGUCUCUUCGAGAUGGAAGAGGAAAAUACUUUAGAGCUUUUACAAAGAUAUCGCCGAGAUAGGCGAGUACUUCUUGAUUUUUUACUCUCUGGUAGCUUAAUCAAGAAAGUUGUAAUGCCUCCUGGUGCUGUUACACUUGAUGAUGUCGAUCUUGAUCAAGUCAGUGUUGAUUAUGUCCUCACUUGUGCUAGAAAAGGUGGAAUGCUUGAGCUCUCAGAAGCUAUUCGAGAUUAUUAUGAUCAUAUUGGUUUACCCCAAAUGAAUAAUACAAGUUCUGUUGGUGAAUUUUUUUUGGUGACGGAUCCUGAGUUUUCGGGUUCUCCUCCUAGGAGGGCACCACCCUCUGUACCCGAAUUUACACCACCCCCUGUUUAUACUGCCCCGUCUGUUCUUGUGCCACCACCUGAUCUUGCUCCACCUAUUGAAGAUGACACUUCAUCACCUGUUAUGUCAAGUGUGUCAAAAUCACAAUCUUUUAACUCCACACAAGUUCAUGAACUAACCGUGGAUGACAUUGAUGAUUUUGAUGAUGAUGAUGUUGAAGAAGUCAGUGAUAUCAGGACUUCGCGAAGAAAUCGGAAUGAUGCUACUGAUGUUGUAGUGGGAUUGCCUUCUUUUGUUACAGGUAUCACAGAUGAUGAUCUCCGAGAAACGGCAUAUGAAAUCCUGUUGGCAUGUGCUGGUGCAUCAGGGGGUCUCAUUGUACCAUCAAAAGAAAAAAAGAAAGACAAGAGGUCCAAGCUAAUGAGGAAGCUUGGACGUAGUAGAACUGAAAACAUUUCAAGUCAAUCUCUACAAGCACCUGGAUUGGUUGGUUUGUUAGAGACAAUGCGCAUCCAGAUGGAGAUAUCUGAGGCAAUGGACAUCAGGACAAGACAAGGGCUGCUUAAUGCUCUUUCAGGAAAAGUGGGAAAGAGAAUGGAUGCCCUACUAGUACCUCUGGAGCUUUUAUGUUGUAUUUCACGGACAGAAUUUUCUGACAAGAAGGCUUAUAUACGGUGGCAAAAAAGGCAGCUAAACAUGCUGGAGGAGGGGCUUAUAAAUUUCCCUGUUGUUGGUUUCGGGGAAUCUGGACGCAAGGCAAGUGAGAUGAGGAUCCUUUUGGCAAAGAUUGAAGAAUCUGAGUUUAAUCCUUCCUCCACUGGAGAACUCCAGCGAACAGAUUGUUUAAGAUCUCUCAGAGAGAUAGCAAUUCCUCUGGCUGAGAGACCUGCUAGGGGUGAUUUAACUGGAGAAGUAUGUCACUGGGCAGAUGGUUAUCACCUAAAUGUUAGGCUGUAUGAGAAACUGCUUCUCAGUGUCUUUGAUGUAUUAGAUGAGGGGAAACUGACAGAGGAAGUAGAAGAGAUUCUUGAGCUUUUGAAGUCAACCUGGCGUGUUUUAGGCAUCACAGAGACUAUCCAUCACACCUGCUAUGCUUGGGUAUUAUUUCGUCAGUAUGUUAUUACAAAUGACCAAGGAAUCCUAAAACAAGCAAUUGAGCAGUUGAAGAAAAUACCACUGAAGGAACAACGUGGGGCCCAAGAGAGGUUACACCUAAAAAGUUUGUAUUCUAAAAUUGAAGGUGAACAUGGUUCUCGGGAAGUUUCUUUCUUACAGUCCUACUUAUCACCCAUCCAGAAAUGGGCUGAUAAGCACCUAGGAGAUUACCAUCUUCAUUAUGGCGAGGACUCAGCCAUGAUGGAGAAUAUGGUAGCAGUUGCAAUGAUUUCUCGGAGGCUACUUUUGGAAGAUCCUGAAGCAAUGAAGCAGUCAACAUCCAUGACAGAUAGAGAUCAGAUAGAAUUGUAUAUAUCAUCAUCAAUUAAGAAUGCAUUUGCAAGGGUAUUGCAGAUUGUUGAUAAAUUGGAAACAAAGCAUGAGCAUCCUUUGGCAUUGCUUGCAGAAGAGAGUAAGAUACUUAUGAAAAAAGAUUCAACCAUGUUCUUGCCAAUUUUAUCUCAGAGGCAUCCACAAGCACUUGUUGUCUCAGCUUCACUUCUCCACAGGCUUUAUGGAAACAAGUUGAAACCUUUUCUUGAUGGUGCCGAACAUCUGACUGAGGAUAUAGUAUCUGUAUUUCCGGCAGCUGAUAGCUUUGAGCAGUUUAUUAUUGCACUCAUUAAGUCUUCCUGUGAAGAGGAAAUUGCAGAUGCCUUGUGCAAAAGAUUAUCUCUAUAUCAGAUUGAAUCCAUAUCUGGAACAUUGGUACUACGUUGGGUCAAUUCGCAACUUGGAAGAAUCUUAGGUUGGGUGGAACGUGCAAUUACACAGGAGAGGUGGGACCCAAUAUCACCUCAGCAGAGGCAUGGGAGUUCAAUUGUUGAAGUAUAUAGAAUUGUGGAGGAGACUGUUGAUCAAUUUUUCGCUUUGAAAGUUCCAAUGAGAUCUUCCGAAUUGAGCAGUUUAUUUCGUGGCAUUGAUAAUGCGUUUCAAGUUUAUGCGAAUCAUGUUGUUGACAAGUUAGCUAGCAAAGAAGAUUUAAUUCCUCCCGUGCCAAUUCUCACACGAUACAGGAAGGAGGCUGGAAUAAAGGCUUUUGUAAAGAAGGAACUCUUUGACCCUAGGCUUCCUGAUGAGAGAAGGUCCACUGAAAUCAGUGUCCGAACAACUCCCACACUAUGCAUUCAGUUAAACACACUAUAUUAUGCAAUUAGUCAGCUGAAUAAGCUGGAAGAUAGCAUUUGGCAAAGGUGGACAAGGAAAAAGCCCAACGAGAAGCCUAUCAAGAAAUCCUUGGAUGAGAGAUCCAAAAGCUUCGUACAGAAGGACACAUUCGAUGGAAGCAGAAAGGACAUUAAUGCUGCUAUUGACCGUAUUUGCGAGUUCACCGGAACUAAAAUUGUCUUCUGGGAUUUAAGGGAACCAUUCAUCGACAAUUUAUAUAAACCAAAUUGUUCUCAAUCUCGGUUUGACGCAGUUAUUGAACCACUGGAUAUGGAACUUAGUCAACUAUGUAACGUCAUUGUAGAGCCACUUAGGGACCGUAUAGUGACGAGUCUUCUUCAAGCCACUUUGGAUGGUUUACUUCGCGUUCUAUUAGAUGGAGGACCAUCACGAGUUUUUUCUACAAGUGAUGCCAAAAUUAUAGAAGAAGAUUUAGAGAUCUUAAAGGAGUUCUUUAUUUCUGGAGGAGAUGGACUUCCCCGAGGAGUUGUUGAAAAUCAGGUGGCUCGUGCUCGACAUGUUGUCAAGCUGCUUGGCUUUGAGACCAGGGAACUGAUUGAGGACUUGAGAUCUUGUGGAGGCCUGGAAAUGCAGGGUAGCAGAAGCAAAUUGGGAGCCGAUACCAAGACUCUAUUGCGAAUUUUAUGCCACAGGUCUGAUUCUGAGGCUUCUCAGUUCCUCAAGAAACAGUAUAAGAUACCCAAGUCUACUGUUUAGCUUCCUUCCCAUCUUCUGUUUAAUUUUUUGUACGUCAUCCAAAAAAAAAAAAAAGCAGUUGUGAUUUUUGUCCAUUUGAGCCUUUUUUUUCUUCAUUUUUUUGUUCUUUUGAUUGGUUAUUUUGUUUUACCAAUAGAUGGAUUCAAAUUAAUCAUUUUGAUUAAUGUUAUAGCAUUGAGUUUUAUUAGGCGCACUUGGCCAUUAAUAUUUACCUAUUUGAUUAAUUUAAUUUUUAAGUAUUGGAGUUGUUUAAA